AUGAUUUUUCAGUGUCAUGUGUGUGAUAAAGUCUAUCCUAAAAAAGGAAAUUUGAAUAGACACCUAUUAGAGGUUCAUGGACUGCAAAUAGAGCAGAAAAAAUUGUUUGUGUGCGCCCUGUGUAAUGAAAGAAGUACUUCUGAAAAGUGCCUGUUUGAACAUUUACGGUCGGCACAUGAGGUAGAUGUGAAAUGUGAAAUAUUACAUUUCAGCACCACUGAUGAAUUUCAGAAGUGGAAGGAGGAAACUGAGCAGACAACGCUCUCAAAGUUCGUCAAACGUCGUGGUUCCCAUGCUAAGGUUGAUUCAGAAGUUGUUUCUUAUAUUUGUCACCGGUCUGGUAAGUUUGUGUCUAGAGGAAAAAACGUGCGAUGUCUUAAAUUGCAAGGUAGUAGUAAGAUUGAUGCACUGUGCCCUGCUAAGAUGAGAGUAGAUAUGAAAAAGAAUGGAACCUGCUGUGUGAAAUAUGUUUCAACCCAUGUUGGCCACAAAUCCGAGUUAUGCCAUCUGCAACUAACAAAAAGAGAAAGGGAAAGUAUUGCUGCAGAUAUAGCAAGUGGCAUACCAUUCUCUGUCAUAUUAGACAAAAUUCGAGAUACAGUUGUAGAUUCGAACUUGGAAAGGAUACGUUUGAUUACGAGACAGGAUCUACAUAAUAUAGAUCAGUCUUAUAAUUUGUCCUUCAAGUCAGUAAGACACCAUAAUGAUGCAAUAAGUGUAGAAGCAUGGGUAAAUGAAGUAAAUGGUGGAGACAGUCCUUGUGUGCUUUUCUAUAAACCACAGGAUGUAGUCCUUGAUUCGUACCCACAAUUAAAGCGCUCUGAUUUUGCAUUGAUAAUUAUGAACAAGGCGAGAUAUUAA